UCCUUAGGUCAAUUUAAAUUUGUAACAAACGAAACACCUAAAAUGUAAUAGUACGUUUAAUUAAAAUUCUCUGGCAAUGGUGUUGUCGAACUCAGAAUUCAGUUCGAGUUCGGUGUAGAUAAGAUAUUUUCGAACAGUGGUCAUCAUAGCAUAAACCGGUUGUAUAGCCAAAAAGUUUCGAUUAAACAAUUGUUGUUUAUCCUUAUUAACAGAUAAGACUGUUCAAACCAAAUAAGAUGUAAAUAAGCCUACAAAAAUAAGUAUUUUAUCAGACUGAGUGAAGUAUUCGAUUCGAAACGAACAAUUAAGUGAGGUUAUAAUGACUCUAAGGGCCAUAAAGUACGAUAACAAUAAUCUGGAAAUCUUGGAUCAGCUCUUGUUGCCAGCUCAAUCCAAGUACAUCCAAGUUAAAGGCGUUGAAGAUGGCUGGAAAGUUAUAAAUAAAAUGCAGGUUAGAGGAGCUCCUGCGAUAGCUAUCGUAGGUUGCCUCAGUUUGGCCGUAGAGGUGCGCAAUGAAAAAUACGAUUCCAAAAAGCAAAUGAGGCAAGAAAUCGAAGGCAAGCUGAAUUACCUGGUUUCUUCCCGACCAACAGCCGUCAACAUGAAAAUUGCCGCAGAAGAUCUCAUCGAUUUCGCUAAUCGGCUCAGUAACGAUGAAACUCUAGAUUUGAACGCAAUGAAAUCAAUAUUUCUGAAAACGAUAGAAGACAUGUUGGCUAAAGACAUAGCGGAUAAUACAGCCAUAGGAGAUUUCGGAGCUAGGGAAAUUUUAAAGAGACUCACAGGAGAUGGGCUCGUCAGGAUUUUAACUCACUGCAACACUGGCUCUUUAGCAACAGCCGGUUAUGGAACGGCUUUAGGCGUCAUACGAACGUUGCACAGCAUGAAACGUUUAGAACAUGUUUACUGCACUGAAACAAGGCCUUACAACCAAGGAGCCAGGCUGACGGCUUACGAAUUAGUCCAUGACAAGAUUCCUGCUACAUUAAUUGUAGACAGCAUGGUAGCUGCAGUAAUGAAGCAUAGAAACAUAAGCGCUGUUGUUGUCGGUGCUGAUAGGGUUGCAGCAAACGGGGAUACAGCCAAUAAAAUAGGUACAUAUCAGAUCGCCGUUCUUGCCAAAUACCACGGAGUGCCUUUCUACAUCGCGGCCCCCUUUACUUCCAUAGAUAUGUCGAUACAGAGUGGUGAUCAUAUUGUGAUCGAGGAGCGGCCUGACAGGGAGAUGACCCACGUUGGUGAGCACAGAAUAGCAGCGAAAGGUAUAUCUUGUUGGAAUCCCGCCUUUGACGUAACGCCUGCUGCUCUAAUAGCAGGAAUCAUUACCGAGAAAGGUGUUUUCCGACCAGAACAACUGAAGGAGCAAUAUCUUCUGUUGAACCAUUGAAAAUCGAUUGAGUGAUUCCUUUUUCGCAGGUAUUUGUUACUGUUUACAUUCAAAAUGUUGAUA